CUGCAGUGUAGUGCAGGCGACAAUAACCUUAGUCAUCAACUAGCUAGGGCGUUAAGGUCAAUCCUUAAAUUAAUCCAAGGAAUAUCGGCGCAAACUGCAGAAUAUCGCGAUAAUUUUGACCGGGCAAAACAAGAAGUAGAUUUCGAUAAAAACCCUUUUGAGUAUUCGAAAACCAUUUUUAAGAAAGAACGCGGACAGCUUCUCUUGACCAACGAUCAAAUUUACGACCAUUUUAAGAGCACAUACGAAGUGCCUAAAAGUUUAAGACGGUAUAGGGAUCCAAACGAUCAAAAACCUAAAUUUCCUCGAAUCGAAUUCCACGGCAUUCCACCAACGCUAGAGGAACUAAGUAGUCAGAUCAAGAGGAAGUCGUCUAAAUCUGCACCGGGACCCGAUGGUAUCCCAUAUAUAGUCUUUAAAAAAUGUCCAUCGGUUCGUAAACACCUCCUAAAUAUAUACGGUAAAAUCUGGUCAGGGAAGCAAAUCCCGGAGUGCUUCGGGAAAGCAAUUUUUGUCCUCAUUCCCAAAAAAGAUAUAGUUACUGAUCCGAAAGAUACUAGACCGAUAGCUUUAACAAAUACUAUAUCGAAAAUCUUUUUCUCGGUUCUACAAACGAGAAUGACGCGAUUCAUGCUCAGCAACAACUAUUUUAGGCCAAAUCACCAGAAAGGGUUUUUACCCGGGAUUUCUGGAUGCUUAGAACACAACACCUUGCUGUCGGAGAGUUUAAAAGAUGCUAGAAAAAGCGAGCGGCAAAUCACUGUUUGUUGGAUAGACUUGGAGAACGCGUUCGGGUCGAUACAACACGAAUUGAUGCUAUUCGCGCUUAGAUGGUACAACUUUCCACCCCUAGUUAGAGAUAUGAUCGCGUCGUAUUACUCAAAAUUAAGGUUUUCUAUAAUAACUAAAGAAGGCCCUUCAAAAAGUUUGAGUUAUAAUGUAGGACUGUUUCAAGGUUGUUGUCCAUCUCCAAUUGCGUUUAAUAUCGUAAUUAACAUCUUAGUAGACAAAUUAAUCUGUAACGAGAAAAAAUGGGGUUAUCGGUUUAAGUUUAAUAAUAAAUACACGGAAUCCAUUUUAGCCUUCGCUGACGAUCUCGCAAUACUGACACGUAACCCCAAACACUGUCAGGUACUAUUGGAUGAAGUGGAUAAAUUCUGUGAGUGGACGGAUGGAUUGAGGACAAAACCCAGUAAAUGUCACUGUCUGUGUCUUGGUAGGCGGAAUACAAGAUACACCUCAUACGAUCCGGGACUAUCGUUAGGCGGUCAAUGCAUUUCUACGGUUACGGAAAAUGCACCAUUUAAAUUUCUCGGUCGUAAGAUAGAUAAUAUAGGCCGUACUCCAUCUUUAGAAGGAAUAGUAGAUAGCUUUUUGAACGACCUUAACAAGUUAGAUGCAGGCGUCAUAAAGAUGUUGAAGUUGUGGCUCGGGCUCGCUCUAACGGCUGAUUCAUCGGCGUUAUUUAGAGGAAGCAAUAGUUUUGGGAUGAGUCUAAAAAGGCCAUCGGAGCUCUAUAAACACCUAAGAGUUUCCAAGAGAUAUAUCCUGGGGAAAUCCCAUGAUGACAUAGUGACAUCGCUCCCAAAAGAUGAAGAUGCCCCCGAGCUAGAGUCACGACUUCAAUUCCAUAAGCAAUUUAUGAUAGGAGCGCAAAAUGGGGUAAAAGUACCGAAAAAAACUUGCUAUAUCUGUGGAAAGGCAGUUGGAACUGCUAAGCAUCUGCUGGUGGGAUGUAAGGUACUCCUUGACAGCGGUCAAUACUCGCGUCGUCACGAUAGGGUUCUAGAAGUCAUACGUUUUGUGAGAGAAGGCACUAGGGCUACAAAAUCAAACGUCAAGCCUUACUCCAUCCUUAAAGCGGCGUCGGAUUGGACUAUAAUGAUGGACACGUAUGAAAAACAAUAUAAAAUCCCCGAGGAUAUUUGUGCGUCGGCCUCCAGACCGGAUAUAUUUUUGUUUUCGCGAAUUUUAAAGCGCGUAGUGAUGAUAGAGCUUACGGUCCCUUGGGAAACCAACAUCCCCAAAGACCAUACCAUCAAGGUCAACAAAUAUUACGAGCUCACGAACGAACUCACUCGAAAUAGGUUCGUAGUAGAUUUGUACGCGGUAGAGGUGGGAGCGAGAGGUAUAACAGCGAAAUCUCUCUAUAACCUACUAAAGGACUUGGGCUUGUCCAGAACUCACAUUAAUGCAUUCUUGGAACGUACAUCGAAGGCAGCCCUAGUAGGUUCUUUUCAAAUUUGGUUAGGUAGGGAGAGGAGCUUGGACAGUGGAGGUGAGCGUAUAACGCGCAUUUAUUAA